GUUGUGUAGAUCACAGAAAAACGAAAGUGCAUGGAAGUGCUACAGGGCCACAGCUCAGCUCAGGUCAAUUUCAACUUCUUGAUUCAGCAGAUAUGUCGGAGUCUUUGCCAACUAAACUAGUGAAGAUCUUGGACUGCAAGCAAGGAGCAGUACGAGCAGUCCGCUUCAAUGUAGAUGGAAACUAUUGCUUGUCAUGUGGCAGUGACAAGUCCCUAAAGCUUUGGAACCCAAAGAGAGGACUACUGUUAAAGACCUACUCUGGCCAUGGCUAUGAAGUGCUGGAUGCUCGGGCCUCCAUUGACAAUGGGCAUCUCUGUUCAUGUGGAGGAGACAAGACAGUUGUCCUGUGGGACGUAGCCAGCGGAAAGAUGAUGCGCAAAUACAGAGGUCAUGCUGGCAGGGUCAACUGUGUGUGCUUCAAUGAGGAAUCUACCAUUAUUUUCUCAGGCUCCAUCGAUGCAACUGUGAAAUCCUGGGACUGCCGAUCACGCAAGUUUGACCCUGUUCAGACACUAGAGGAAGCGCAGGACAGCAUCACAUCGAUUCAAGUCACCGAUCACGAGAUCCUGACUGGCUCCGUGGAUGGAAAAGUCAGGAGAUAUGACCUCAGGAACGGCAAGAUGCAUUCUGAUUGUAUAUCAAAGCCAGUGACAUGUGUCUGCUUCACCAAAGAUGGCCAGUGCAUGCUAGUCUCUUCCCAAGACUCCACUCUUCGACUCCUGGAUAAGGACAACGGAGAGCUGCUAGGGGAAUACCAGGGCCAUGUUAACCUAGACUAUCGCAUUGAGUGCUGUAUGAACGAGACCGACACCCAUGUCGUCAGUGGCUCUGAAGACGGCAGGAUUUGCUUCUGGGACCUGGUGGAGGGUUCAAUGACAUCAACGAUUGAGAAGGCCGGGAAGAAUGCGAUCCCCUCUCUCUCCUACCAUCCAGAGGAGCCGUGCCUGCUCUCAGCCUCUGAGGGUCUCGUCAAGGUUUGGAGGCCACAGUCAUAUACUGAAGAAGAUGAACAAAUUGGAUGAAAGAUGAAAGUGGCACGAAUUUCGACCCGAUGGCUUAAGACUGGGUGUUUAGAGAAUUGUACCUGCUGUAGUCAUCAGGACUGUUCAAGUUUAGAGCCUCAGUCUUAACCUGAAGAAGCUCAACAAGUUGGAUGAAUAAUGCUACAGAUAGUAUGAAGGAGUAGCUGAUAUUCAACUGUGGAUCAUAUCAGUGAUUGCCGUCAGCCUCUGAAGGUGUCCUCAAGAUUUGGAGAUCACAGUCGUACACUGAAGAAGAUUGAACAAGUUGGAUAAAGAAAAACAAAGCCUGCGUCAAGAUAACAGUAGUACACUGAAGGAGAUGAACAAUGCUUAAAGAGUGACCAGUCAAGGUUUUUUAGGCUGCAGUUUUCCUCUGAUGAAGAUGAAAAAUCAGAUGAAAUGUUAUAUGGAUAGAGUGAUCCGAUACUUCAAAUAGGGGCAGUAAAAGAACUGUCUCUCUGCUGUUGGCCUCAGAGGACAUUUUAAAGUGUGGAGGCUGCAGUUUUUCACUAAAGAUAAAACAAGUUGGAUACAAAAUGUUUACAGAUGGUAUGAAGGACUUGUAAAGGUUUGGUGGCUGCAGUCUUUAUGAAGAACAAAGAGAAAUGAAGAACGCAAUGGAAAGGAUGAAGUAUAACUCAAAAGCUGAAUUAGAGACAGUGAAAGGACCAUGCAUGUUCACCGAAAAAUUAGAUUCUGCGACAUUUUGCAGUUACCAAUUAUAUCGUUAAGAAAAUAAAUCUUCUUUUUCAUUUGUUUGUAAUCCCUCAAAUAAAUUCUUAUCAGUAUCAUACCAA